GCAAUACCGUGCAUGAGUGACCAGUUGCGUGACAUCCACUCAGCAUUGAUUUCCCUGGAAACCCAAGUCCGAGAGCUUAGACUGCGAGUUGAGGCUGCAUUGGAUUCCCUAAGUGAGUCCGAACCAUCCAAUCGAUCAGAACCUGCAGUUAGGUCUUCACGUCCCUGGCCUCAGUGGUGGGAGGACGAGAUCGUUGCUGCUACCACUCCCGAGCAAUUUGCUGCUUUGGAUCUAUCUCCCCUGGAGCAUCUCAGCUUAGGUGUGCAUUUGGGAACUGUAGGAUCUUGGACAAGCAAGCUUCGAAUUGCAAGGGCAUUCAGAUCUGGGUUGGUGGGUGCACGAGCACUGAGGGCUGGGCACACCGUGGUGACAAGGGCUGCUCCCUUAGACAUCCGUGUUCAUUCCUCUGUUUGCUUACAGUGCCCUGAGUAUCCUGAGGGUUUUUGGGCUACCAGCUCAAGACCCUUCCUGAAUUUGAUUGGUGAUCCAACGGGUCGUGGAAGUUUUCCAGAUCCACCGCGCGCAGUUUUUGAUUCCUUUGCCUCGAAGACUGAAGCUUCGGCUUACCUGUUCGGCGGUCGUCCCGUUCUAGCUUCAGUGGAGGAAGUUGCAAGUUCCUGGAUCGCAUCUGUGCUCGACGAAGAAACAGCACAAGAAUAUGCCACAGCUGCGGAAAUGGCCGAGGGUUUGUUAGAUGGGCAGCCCUUAGAUCCAGAAGAGGACGAGGCUGUGCCUUCAACACCAGCCAGGUCAGCAGAAGAGAUCCGAGCUCUCCACCACCGAGUCGCAGAGUUGGAAAAGUUGCUGCAGCAGCAGCAGGCCCCUCCUGCUCCACCGGCGACCAAGCGAGCCGUGGGCGGGCAGCCCAUGUUGUUUGGAGACCGAGCUCAGUCCACCUUGACCUCCAGCGACCUGCAACGUUUGCAGUUAGCAGCCGGCCCGCCUCCUCCGCGACUGGGUCGAGCAGAGCGUGCCCAGAAGGCACCAUCCAAAGACUUGGCUGCUCUGGCCGACAUCCAUGCAGCCGAGGUCGAUCGCGAGGUGUUGGCGGCCGACGACGAGGAGGACCCAUGGUUGAAAGAAGCUCAAGCCAGCAUGGCCCAAGUGAACGAUCCCAUCCAGCGCAUGUUCCUGCUUCAGUUGAAACAGACGUCGGAUUUGGUCAAAGCCUUAGCUCCCAAGCAGCAGCCGGACCCUCUGUCAGCCGUGUUAGGCGGGACGGACAACGGGUCCGCCAGCUCCGGAGGAAACAUCGGUUGCAAGGGCUAUGCAGCCCGCGAGAUGUUCCUGAAGCAGCUUGUGGACGAAAAGAAGUUAGUCCAAAUCAUUCAGCAACAUGCCAUGACAGAAUUAGGGAUUUCACGUGCAGACGGUUCAUUGCUCAGGACCUUUCUGGAGCAUCGUGUGCCGCUGUCGGAUCGAAAGACCUUGACGCUGAUGGGUUAUAUGCUUGCCUGGGGUUGGGAAGCCGGAUUCGAGACUCAGAACAUUCAGCUGAUGGCAUUCGCUGGCAGGAUGAUGAUGUAUGUCGAACAGUGUUGUCUGGACGAAGGGCGGUCGGGACUGGCAUGGUUGCUGACGGGCUUACCAGAACCAAAUUUUCAGCAGCUAGCCCUGAAUCGAAAGAGGACAUCACUGACUCCAUUUUCGAAGCUUGCCCCACCCACCUGGGUGGCGGCGAAUGUAAGCUACCUUCGCGAUGUGGAGGUGUUCGACACUCGUUUGAAGCAGCUGGGCACAACCAAGAGCUCAGCCGUGGCCAGCAGAGAUUCCGAUCCAGAAGACAAGAUUCCUCGCCCCAAGCCAAAGGCGAAGGGCAAGAAAGGUAAGGCCCUCUUGUUCCAAGAGGCCGCUCUGGCCUGUUAUCCCGAUAAGCCUACUGCAGAUGCCCAAGCAGGAGUCAUGCCGACAGGGGAACAGGAGAAGGUCAUUGAGACCUUGCAGAACCAUAUAGCUCACUUUUGCGACCUGCCGAACUUCAGCCGCGAAGACCUGGGUCGGUUUGGGGAAAAAUUCGUAGCGCUCCACAGCUCUCUUGAGGAACUGCCUGCACACCAGGAAGUGGACCUAGGCAGUCACCAUGCACUUCUUCAAAUCGAAGCAGGCUGCAUGCGGGAGCCAGAGACGUUGGAGUUUUCGACCAAUCUCAAAGGGCGUAUUCUAAAGUGGGUCUGGUUGCCCAUCCAGGACCUCGCCAAUGAUAGCACCUUCCAUGAAGUUAUGGCCUUGGCACAUCGCAGAGUAGUCCGCGAGUGGCAGGCUUUCGAUCGCCGUUGUGUCCCAGAUGCUUGCACUGUGUAUGGAAAGUGCCCAGAGGCCGGUGAGCGAGUGUCCAGUUACUCAGCUCGAUAUCCGGUGUCACUGAUGCGAAGAAUGGCAUUAGGCAGCCAAGCUGCCAAAGAAUAUGGUUCGCCCAUAAUUCCUUUGUCAGCUAGGUGCGCAAAGGCGCAGGACCCAGAUGAUGGAAGCGACAAUCGUGGGAAUAUGCAGAAGUUGCAGCAGCUGCAAAGUCUUGAGAAGGAGGUUCUGGGCCUGCGCCAAAAGGUGCAGGAAUCGCAGGCGACUGCUGAUCAGUCCGAGAGACUCCAAGAAGAGGUCCAAUCUCUUCGUACAGCAGAAGCCGCUGCGGCCCAGAAAGUUCAAGAGCUACAACAGCUCUUGGCAGAGGCUGAGCGUCCUGCUUCUACAGACGAAGGGACACGGGAGAAGUUACAGCAACUGCACUGUCUCGAGGAAGAGGUUCUGGGGCUACGCCAAAAAGUGCAGGAGUUGCAGGCGACUGCUGACCAGUCCGAGAGACUCCAAGAAGAGGUCCAAUCUCUUCGUACAGCAGAAGCCGCUGCGGCCCAGAAAGUUCAAGAACUGCAACAGCUCUUGGCAGAGGCUGAGCGUCCUGCUUCCACAGACGAAGGGACACGGGAGAAGUUACAGCAACUGCACUGUCUCGAGGAAGAGGUUCCGGGGCUACGCCAAAAAGUGCAGGAGUUGCAGGCGACUGCUGACCAGUCCGAGAGACUCCAAGAAGAGGUGGCCAAGCAUCGGGAAUUGGAGGCUGAGCGUCCUGCUUCUACAGACGAAGGGACACUGGAGAAGUUACAGCAACUGCACUGUCUCGAGGAAGAGGUGGGACUGAUGAUGGUGAUGAUGAGUGAUGUCCUGCCCGCGUGA